UUUUCUGUGAGCCCAGGCGGGUGCUAGGAGGAGCUCGAACAGAGCAGGGAGACGGCCGACCUUUUGGCAGCAAAUGGCUUUUCCACAGGAGACAACGUACGGGACUCAGGAGUUCUCCUUUCUGCCUGUUACUCUGGCUUUGCAGCCCCCUCUUCUCUGCCCGGCUGGAGCUGCGCAGAGCUGGUGGCAGCGUGUCCGCAGCCAGAUCCUUCUCAUGGGCGCUCCGUAACUCAGCAGCCGAGGGAAGGGAAGGCGUUUGCAGCAGCAGCAGAGCUUCCUUUGCUGGGCAGCAGCCGGAAGAGUUUGGGAAACCAUUUUAGGGAGACUUUCUGAAGAUUCUUGUAUGUGUGACAGAUCGGACAAAGCUGUUUCCUUCUCCCUCAUAUCCCGCUGUGGAUUAUUGAAGAAACUUCACUUGUGGGGGAGUUGGCUAGGUUUCUGCUUACUGCGCUGCAGGUUUUUGUGCCCCGUUUGUGUGAUUCCCUCGCAUGAAAGUAGCUCCUCUCUGGUAUAGUUCCAGAUUGAUAACGCUGGUUCAGCGUUUGGUUCAACGAUGGAACAUUUUUUCUUGAUGCCGAAUUAAAAAAUCUUAGAAUAUUUCCCCCCUUUUCUGUACUUCUGUUCUUCUGCUAUUAUUUAAACCUUGUAAAAUGUUUUAAGAUAAAUUUUUUGUUAAAUCAGAUGCAAUAAUAUUUUUGGUGGUGACUCACUGAGUACCUUAGUUUCUCAGUGUUGCUUAAAGACCAGCUCCCCACCUCCACAGUGAGAAAGGACUGGUGUGGGAUCUUAUGUAUGAGAUAGCACCCAAAAUAGCAAGUGUUACAUAUAUUUUCACCUGACACCAGUUUGCCAUCCUGACAGUUGUAGUAAGGUUUCUGUAACUGAAAAAGAAGCUUUAAACAAUUUUUUUUCAAUUUUCUCUACAUAACUGUUGACUGUUUUCCAGUUAUCUGUUUGCUUGCUUCCUUGCUUUUGGUGGAAAAAAUGUAGCAGGUUAGCAUAAAAUGUAGGUAUGACCAAAAAAGUAAGCUUUAAACAGUAAGCUUAGGAAAAUAAACUUGAACUUCUCCUGUUUCUCCAUUAUUUUGUAUCACUACUGUUUCCUGCUUUUUCCAUGGUGAUGAGGAUGGAGAAAAAAAGGGGCUUUGGACGGCUUUUGGCUUCGCUGCCUGGGACAUGGGGCUAUAGUCUGCAUGCAGGGACCAGUCCUUAAUCAGCCUGUUACUCUAGCUGGCUCUGUGAAGGGCAGUUGGCUGUUUGAAAGACUGUAUUUGUUCUGAUGGAUGUCAUCUUGUUCUGAGAGAGUGAUUAAAACCAUGUGUGGAGAGUGUGAUGGGGAAUCUGCCUGUGAAAAUUUACCAAUUCCAUUUAAUUUGAUGAACUCUAAUUGUAACUUGCAGGGUGGGAUGAACCCCCAUUAUGUAUCAAACUUUGUGUCCUGUGCUGAGGACCAGUUUGAACUGAUAUAUGCUAGCCCGGGGUCCUCAAACUGGGGGUUGGGGUCACGAGUUAUCAGCCUCCACCCCAAACCCCAUGUUGCCUUCAGCAUUUAUUAUGGUGCUAAAUAUAUAAAAAAGUGUUUUUAAUUCAUAAGGGGAUGAGGUCGCACUCAGAGGCUUGCUGUGUGAAAGGGGUUUGAGAACAGAAGUUUGAGAACCACUGUGCUUGGCCUGUUUAGAGAUGUUUUCACACCUUUUGUAGGUCUAACAAAGGAAGCAUAAUCUAGACUGCUCCUAAUGAUUUAUGGACUUGCUAAUAACUUUUAUCCACUGCUCACCCCUAAGAAACAAUGGUGUUCUGCACAUGAACUCAGCAUGGGACCCUACACUGGGGUUCAUGACCAAGACUGUGUUUAUGAGGAGGGGUUGUGUGUGCAUGGGGACAAACCAACAGCAGCAGCAAGAGGUUCUUGCUGUAGGAAGACAAGGAAAUCUCCACCUAGCCUGAACUUCGACAGACCAUGACCCAAAAGAUUCCUAGGACUGAAAUGAGCCGUCAGACUGCUACAGCACUACCUACAGGUACUUCAAAGUGUACACCAUCACAGAGGGUGCCUGCUCUGACUGGCACUACAGCGUCCAACAAUGACUUGGCAAGUCUUUUUGAGUGUCCUGUGUGUUUUGACUAUGUGCUGCCACCUAUUCUUCAGUGUCAGAGUGGCCAUCUUGUUUGUAGCAACUGUCGCCCCAAGCUUACAUGCUGUCCAACUUGCCGAGGCCCACUGGGUUCCAUUCGUAACUUGGCUAUGGAAAAAGUUGCAAAUUCUGUACUGUUCCCAUGUAAAUACGCCUCUUCUGGAUGUGAGAUAACUUUGCCACACACAGAAAAAGCAGACCAUGAAGAGCUGUGUGAGUUUAGGCCUUAUUCAUGUCCAUGUCCUGGUGCUUCAUGUAAAUGGCAAGGUUCGCUGGAUGCUGUAAUGCCACAUUUGAUGCAUCAGCAUAAGUCAAUAACAACACUACAGGGAGAAGAUAUAGUUUUCCUUGCUACAGACAUUAAUCUUCCUGGUGCUGUUGACUGGGUUAUGAUGCAGUCUUGUUUUGGCUUUCAUUUCAUGUUAGUCUUGGAGAAACAGGAAAAAUAUGAUGGUCACCAGCAGUUCUUUGCUAUUGUACAGCUGAUAGGAACACGCAAGCAAGCAGAAAAUUUUGCUUAUCGACUUGAGCUUAAUGGUCAUAGGCGGCGAUUGACUUGGGAAGCAACUCCUCGAUCUAUUCAUGAGGGAAUUGCAACAGCCAUUAUGAAUAGUGACUGUCUAGUCUUUGACACCAGCAUUGCACAGCUCUUUGCAGAAAAUGGCAAUUUAGGCAUCAAUGUAACUAUUUCAAUGUGUUGAAAUGGCAAGCAAACAUUUUCAGGCCAGUGUUUAAAACAGUUGCAUUUAAUUUCGCAGAAACUAGGGUAACCAUCUUUGACUGCCAGACACAAACUAUUUGGUAGAGGGAGGCUAGACGUAUAUGAAGGUAAAUAAAAGGAAAGGCUGUUAAAUUACAGGAAGCAGUUGCAUGUAGUAACACUAAUAUAUUUAAAAUAAGUCAACAGUAAACCACUGAAAAUAUAUAUACACCCAAAAUGGGCAUCUUUUGUAUUAAGAAUUGAUUCUACAGGAAAUGUUGUAAAAUAGUUCUAAAAACUUGUUUGUAGAUUGAUUGUACUGUUGAAAAUGAUACUGUUGUUUUUUUUGUUUUUUUCCCUUUGACUGACAAGCCAUGUUGAGCAGUCUGGUCUCUUGCCGCUGCUUUUUCCCCUUAAGUCACUACAUAGUAUUGCUGCUGUUUGUGUAUAUUUUUUGUGUAUUUGCUAAUUUUUAUUAACUUCUAGUUUUUCAUUAAAUAAAUAUGACUUUCUUUUCUGUAAUUCAAGUUUUCCUCCUUUUUGUACCUUUUAAAAAUUAAUUGCAGGUGUCAUCUUUUGAUAUGCAUAAUUGCUUAUGGUAAAACUUAUACUUCUGUACAUUUGGUAAAUUAGUCUCUUCCCAAUAGUCCAUUCAUUGGUGAUACUGUUCUUAAUUCAGCUAUUUUGUGAAUGUAUUCAACUCUAAAGGAGCAAUUACAUUGGAAGAAUUAUCAGAAAAACAGCUUCUUUUAGAAACAGGCCUAGAUGAUGAUGUACUUUGUUAUACCUUCAAACAAAAGUGAGGAGUUAUUGGGUAACAUCCUAAUUAAAAAAACUGAAAAUUCAGGCACACUUUUUAAAUUUAGAAACUUCAGACACAAACUCAUGCUUGUAUUUGGUUUUGCAGUACAAGAAGGCAUUGUCUUAUGCAGUAUUUGUAACUAUAAAAACAGACCAUUUAAAAAAAAAAGGCAGUCUCAGAAUACGAUGUUUUUGGUCUUUUUUAAUUUUGUCAUUAAAAGAAUACCUGGCAAACGAAA